AAUUAAUUUUCGUUGACAUUUUUAUAAACAAGAAGGGUGAGUUCAAGGUUUGAGGGCUGAGGCGCUGGCCGGUUGCCAGUUGUAAGAAAUAGGAGAGUAAGACAAACACACGUGAUUGCUAACCAGGGUUGGCAUUUACUCCCCUAUUUAUUUCCAGCAGUGACUCGCUGAUUCACCGCGUUAUUCAUCAUCAUCAUCAUCGUUCACCAUCGCCAUCAUCAAACAAUUUCACAAUAAUAAAAACUAACCUCAGCGAUUGAUCGAAGUGCAUGAACCAGGCCACCCGCCACCACCCUAUAUAUACCUCCACCAACCCCCCUUCCGUCCUCACUCGCAAUUCCUGCAGCGAGGGAGAGAAGUAGUAGCAGAAGAAGAAGAAGAGAAACAAAGUGUUGAUCGAUCGAAAAUGCCUUUCUGUUCUUCUUACUCUUCUCCAACGGUGGUCUCCAGAUGCACCGUCGUGCCGGAGCAAAAAUCAUCCAUGGGAGACCUCAGGCUCUCCAUCUCCGACCUCCCCAUGCUCUCCUGUCACUACAUUCAAAAGGGCUGCCUCUACACUCGGCCUCCUUUAGAGGUGGACGAGCUCGUUGCGCUCCUUAAGCGACACCUAUCCCAAGCCCUCACCCUCUUCCCCCCUCUCGCCGGUCGUCUCAUCACCGACUCCGCUGGUUAUGUCUACAUCACCUGCAACGACGCCGGCGCUCUUUUCAUCCACGCCAAUUCUACCGCGAAUCGCGUCAGGGACGUUCUGGUGCCCGGCGAUGUGCCCGAAUUCGUCGAGGAGUUCUUCGCCUUCGACAGGACCGUCAGCUAUACCGGGCACUCGAACCCGAUCAUGGCUGUGCAGGUGACGGCGCUCGCUGACGGCGUUUUCAUCGGCAUCUCUGUCAACCACGCCGUCACUGACGGGACCUCCUUCUGGAACUUCUUUAAUACUUACGCCGAGCUGUGCAGGUCAUCAGGAUCGAGGAAGAUUUCUCCGACGCCGGAUUUUACCCGGGAUUCGGUGUUGAUUUCUACGGCGGUGCUGAAAUUUCCAGCGGGCGGACCCAAGGUGACCUUCUCUGUCGACGCUCCGUUGCGGGAGAGAAUCUUUAGUUUCAGCAGAGAAUCGAUUCUGAAGCUGAAGGCUUUAGUGAACAACCGUAGAUUCUCUUCAGACGGAGCCAUUAACGCCGAGAUAUUAGGGAAGCAAAGCAACGACACAUGGAAAGCACCUGAAAAAACGGUAACGAAGCUUCUCGGAAACUUGUUCAAAAACCCCCUAUCCACCAAACCCCAAAGUCCGGCCGAGAUCUCAUCUUUCCAAUCUCUCUGCGCGCUACUCUGGCGUGGGGUGACGCGCGCGAGGAGGUUUCCGGACUCAAAAAUGACAACGUUCCGUAUGGCGGUGAACUGCCGGCACCGGCUUGCGCCGAAGCUGGACCCUUUCUACUUUGGAAACGCGAUACAGAGCAUUCCCACUUACGCGCUCGCCGGAAAAGUCACGUCCCGCGAUCUGCAGUGGUGCGCGCAGCAGCUGAACAUCGCCGUGAAUGCUCACGACGCCGACGCCAUUCUCAGCGUCGUGGAGGACUGGGAGAGCGAUCCCCGGUGCUUUCCACUGGGUAACUUCGACGGAGCGAUGAUCACGAUGGGAAGCUCGCCAAGGUUUCCCAUGUACGAGAACGAUUUAGGGUGGGGCCGACCGGUGGCGGUUCGGAGCGGGCGGGCAAAUAAGUUCGACGGCAAAAUUUCGGCGUUUCCAGGGCGGGACGGCGGCGGAAGCGUCGACUUGGAGGUGUGCCUGUCUCCGGAAACGAUGACCGCACUUGAGAACGAUUCGGAGUUCAUGCAGUAUGUGUCAGUCUGAUUAAACAAUGUGUAUCCGCGUAGUAUUGAUGACUUCCACCAACUUGUCUUGGGUCAAAGCCGUUAAGGGUUUGUAGGGCUGCGAUGGGCGUGGCCGUUACGAUUUGAACGGUUUUGAUUAGGUCUCGGUGGACCACUCUCUCCCCUUCUUUUAACUCUUUUUGUUUAACAUAAUCCAGUUUUAAUUCUGAUUUUUAA